UAUGCCGUCAUACAUCGUCGCGCGGUCGUGGAGCACGGAGGAGAACCAGUGGACCUGCCCGCACGGGAUCACGGUCACCCAUCGUCAGAUCAAGUGAUCACAGGAGGCAACCACAGUCCACUGUCUCGAAAUCCUGAUUACUGAAAGAAAAAGCGAACAAAAAAAAAAAGAUUAAAGCUUUUGGCUCUCCAAAAAAGUUUCCUCCUUUGGUUUUGAAUUGUCUCUCUGCCUCGUUAGAUCUACCAGAGAGAGAGAGAGUCGCGCCGUGUCUUUGGAGGUGCUGUUGCCGUUCGACAAUGCCGGCGACUGAUGCAGAGUUCGAUCUGAGACCGUCGUCUCAGUCUGGUUUCUCGGCAACGGGGGAGUACACCUUCGCCAAUGUGGAUAACCUGGAGCAUUGUGCAAAGUACUUGAACCAGACGCUGAUCACAUUUGGGUUUCCCGCCUCGCUCGAUCUGUUCUCCAAUGACCCAGUUUCGAUUGCGAGGACAUGUAAUUGCAUGUACUCGUUGCUGCAGCAGCGGCAGCAUGACUUGGAGUUUAGAGAAUCUGCUAACGAGCAGAGACAAAGACUACAAUCAGACAUAGCUAGACUUGAAGCUAAGGUCGAGAGGCUUGAGGCCCAAAUCCAGGCAAAGGACAGGGGAAUUGCAACAAUUACAAGAACUGAAGCCAAAAACACUGCAGCCUUGAAGGCCCAGAUCGAAAAGAUUCAGCAGGAGAGGGAUGAAUUCCAAAGGAUGGUUAUUGGUAACCAGCAAGUGAAGACACAACAGAUUCAUGAAAUGAAGAAAAAGGAAAAGGAGUACAUAAAAUUGCAGGAGAGGCUAAAUCAAGUAAUGAUGGAGAAAAAGAAAGAAUCAAGAUCAGGCAUGGAGAUUAUGAAUGUGCUUCAGAAAGAAGGGAGGCAGCGUGGAACCUGGCACGGGAAGAAGGCUGACACCGAUUUCUACAAAAAAAUUGUGGAUGCAUAUGAGGCGAAAAACCAAGAACUGAUGGCAGAGAACACUGAUUUAAGAGCAUUGCUCCGAUCCAUGCAGACGGAUAUGCGUGAAUUCUUAAAUGCGCCAAACGGAUCAUCUAACCCGUCAUUGGGUGUUAGUGAGAGGCACGAGGCUGAUCCCUCGCAAUCUCCGCUGGGCGGGAAGACGGACGUCUUCGAUCUACCAUUCCGAAUGGCUAGAGAUCAAAUAGAAGAGAGUUUACGCACUAAGAUGGCAUCCAUAAAGGAACGCAUGGGUCAGCUACAAGGUGCACAGACAGGAGCAGCUGUUACUUCCGAAGCAACAGAGAGAGAGCUUGAACUUGAAGCUCAACUCGUGGAGGCAAGAAGCAUAAUCCAAGAGCAGGAGUCGAUAAUGUCUAAACAUCUCCCGAAACCGGAGAGGCGAAGGUAUGAUGAGUCCUGCACAUAUCUUGGCCUAGAGAGAGAUUAUCUACAUGAGAUACUGACGAUGACCAAAUCUGCACAGGGAGUCCAUGGUUCCAUUGGCAGCUGAGGGAGUCUGAAGACGUGGAAAAGCUGUCUGUCCAGGUCAAGGUAUGUCACAAUUUCACAGAGGUGCAGGAUUCUUGUUUGCCGUUCAAUCCUAAAACUCUUGUCCAGUUUGGACCGAAACCCCCUUUAGGUUCAAAGUUUGGAUAUGUUUCUCGAAUGUAUAUUCGCCCCUAGUAGCAGAAUCCUAAGUAUCAAGAGAUAUGGAGUAUAUCCUCGAAGGUAUAAAAAAGAUUUAGCGGGCAUCCCUUCAUAUAUCCAUUACGUAGUAUAAGGCAUGUCCGAUCUCGGUCACGUCGGCUCUCAUCAAAGACCUCCGAUGCAGUGUUCCUUUGCGGCCAAAUCAAGGGUUCGCUUUUCAAUGAUUUGGUCAGAUAAUUCCUCGUAAUGCGCGAGUGUAUGUAUUAUUCGCAUAAUUUGCCGACUGUUUGGACCGGAUAAUUAAGGGUUAUGUCUCGUUCA